AUGACUGCGAUUACUUCAAUAUCCAAGCGUUCGGAAUCCGACGAUUCGGGUGUCCCGGAUGCAUUCCCAAUCAAUUCCUCCUCGUCCUCGUCGGUGAAUGACAGCACGGAUGAUUCUUCGGAAAAGACUGCGUGUGUGCCAACAAUUGCUCGAGACGGCGUCGUCAAGGAGAUUCACAAAAAGGUGGUCCGGCAAAAGCUCAACAAACUAAAACAUUUGAUCAUUGAAAAAGGAAUUUCUCCCGACUAUUUGGACACUUUGUUUCCUCAAAUGCUUUCCCAUUACCAUCCACAACAUGUCAAAUACAAUGGUGGUGUGGCGCAAAUCAAGGAUUGGAAGAUUUCUUGUUAUUUGGAGGUCAUGGAAGGCGGAGUUCCAUGUACGAACCCCAAUUUGACCUUGUUGGAAUUGUACCGACCAUUGCUGGACACUUGCAACGACUUGUUUCUGGAAUGGUACCGACAGCAACAUGCCUGCAACAACAAACUACUGGCGGGCAAAACGAUUACACGAACCUGCAAACGAAUUAUGACCUUUAUUACAAGAUAUACACCAGCGCCUGGAGAACAAGCAUUAUUGAAGCACGUGGAUGGAGCUGGAAAGGUGGACGGAAGCUGCGUUGUGGCAUUACCGAUUGAUCGAUGGUCGGCCCCGGAAGAAGUCAAUUCAUUUGUGGGACAUGGGGGUGGUCUCACCUUUUGGGAUGGCAAGGAUCCACAGACGAAGCGGCCGAGAGAAAUACAUUACGAAACGAGAUCUGGAGACUUGGCUUUUAUUGAUCGAGCCGUGUGGCAUCAAGCGGAUCCGAUUACAAGAGGAACACGAUGGGCCCUUGUGAUCUUUUACGAUGUCGACACUACAGUGGAGUAG